CCUGGUUCCAAGCUUCAUCGCACAUAAGGAAAGAUCAUCGCGAAAUUUACUACUACCACACUUCCGAUUAUGGCUCGAGGUUCCCGCUCGAGAGCGAUAGCUCAUCAAUCGACUUCCACUAGUAACCAACAUUUCAUCAAUUACAUCCAGCGACUACCACCAGAGCUACUUCAGCAUAUUUUCUCCUACUCUGUUCCGCUCACGAACGGUCUUAAGGAUCCGAAGCCCCUUCGUUCGCGUAAUUUCGAUACCACCGAGGCUCCAUGGGUUUUUAUCCCUGUCUGUAAACAAUGGAGGGAUGUGACUCUCUCCUCACAUAGGCUGUGGUCGACCAUUGCCAUACGCGUGGAUUCAUUUGCCUUCGACAGCACGGGACGCGACGCUUUCUACUUGAAGACGGUCAUAGCCCGAUCCGACGGCUGCCCAAUAUCGGUGCGCUUGGACAGCAAAACCUUGUUGAAACUUCUUCACACUGGUAUGACGGUACUUGUCGACAUUCUUCUUCCAACAACCCAACGCUGGUCCUUCCUCGAACUUAACGGCCCUGUCGACUGGUGGAGUUCUCAUAUUCCUGUCGAUCAGACCUUUUCGAGCCUGCGCGAGUUGGUCCUUGGUCCGGUAGGGUACGACAUAUACGGCCCAGGAGUAGCUCCAAAGUGGCCUUCUGCUUUCUCCCUCAACCAUGCUCCUCAGCUACGACGGCUUACAUGCAGAGAGCCAGGUCUGACGGAUUGCCUCAGUCGAUCGGGCAGCGAGACCACCCUUCCUUGGUCGCAGCUCACAUCGUGUCAAAUCGACCAUGAAUAUGACGUUCAUCACGAUUUUCACCAUUUACUUUCAAUCUGUCCCGACCUCGAGUGCUUCCGCCUUGCGGGAAACGCCGUAGGCUUCAUCAACAACCCUCCGACGACUCUUAUCUCUCAUCCUAGUCUGACCGAAUGGCAUUGCGUAUGGAGAGAUCAGAAGGACCUCGACGCUUUUUUUGAGCUUCUUCCUUUCGUGGACCUGCCGUCCCUGAAGGUCUUGACAUUUUGGAUCGACUGGGACGAGAUGCUGGAUGCGCUGCUACCCAAGAUACCUUUCUGGUGCUACUCAACCGCCUUCAUCUCGUUCGUGAGACGCUCGUCCUGCACACUGCGUCACCUACGGCUCACAUCUAUCCCAUUUGAUAACGACAAACUUCUUUCCUGCCUCGAAGCCUUACCUUCCCUCGAGGUCUUGGAAGUCCUCGCAUAUCCGUCGAAGAAGUCCGAUGUUUCCAUGUUACACAACGGCGUCAUUUCGGACGACUUCAUCACGCGUCUCCACAAUCAUCCGAACGGUCUCGAGAGAGGAGUCGUCCUCCUUCCCAAUCUCACGAGAUUGAUCCUUGAAGACCACCUGCUAAUCGAGGACGAUGAAGCAUUCGUCAAUAUGGUAGAGUCGCGCUGGAAUAUUUCCGUAGAUUCGUCGUCUGGCUGUGGGCAGAGGGUUGCGCGUUUGGAGACCGUUUCUCUGGUAUUACCAGGCACCAUGGAUGACGGGGAACUUGAUCGAUUGGAUGAGAUGCGGAACGCAGGCCUUGAUGUCUGUGUCUAUAGGAGACGACAUCGGUACGGGCCUGGAGGCAAGCUCAAGCAGUUACUACCGGCGAAAUAGGAGACCGAAUGAAUAUCUCUCUUCCAACGGCUUGACGCGCAGUAUCUCGACCCAAGAAGGCCAGUGUGUUGCUGACGGCCACCGCGCCACUUUU